AUGGACGCAAGUACACGCGAGAAGUGGGACAACAUGGCCGCUCUGGAGGCAAGCCAGCAUCGCCGAGACCAUCCCGCAUAUAGGUUUUCUCCGCAGCAUACCAACAAAGAGAAGAGAAAAAAGGCGCAGGACGUGAAGCUCCCUCAAGGACGGAAAAAAGGGCCGAAGGCGAAGAAGCAAGGUGGUGCUUUCGCGCGACCAUCCGCUGUUGCAAUGUCAUCACCUACGGAGGUCAAUCUCAUGGCAUCUACCGCCGAUACAGUCGAGAGGGUUGCAACACCGCCACACCUUCCCUCUGCGCCAUGUUAUACUGGGCAACAGACGUAUAUAAGUGACACAUUGUGCCUUGGCGGACAGUACAUACAGGAGACGCAAUCACAGCUUCCUACGUCGGUGGAAGCAUCAGAGUCACUGGACCGUAACGUACCUCAAUGGGCGGCACCUCAGCCGAUUCUUCAACACCUGAACCCCCUCCCGCAGUCGAUUCCGAUGGUUGGGUUUACAAACAAUGUCAUCGCACCGCCGGAUGCAGAAAACCCCCCGUUGGACGAAUUUCAGACACCUCCAUACACAGCAUCGUCAGCUGAGAGCUCAUACGGGGUCAGCCCAGGCUACACGCCAAAUUGGAUGUCCUCCGCGAUUCCUGGGCAACAGCACUUCAUCGAACCAGGGUCCGAGAGGCUGCAUUGGCUUGCGACAAUGCAAGGCUCAGACGUGCCACAUCGUUGGUGUUCGGACGAAUUCAACUCGCUUGAGGUCGAGAGGCAGUAUCGGAAUGGUAUACCAUAUGGCAGUAUGCCACUGGAUGAAGGGUGGCCGCUUCAAAUGCCCUCGUAA